CAAUUUCAUUUUUCUUGAAACCAAAGAUUGAGAUUUUUAAUUGUUUUAUCAUUUCUUUUUAUUUCUUAAUAGAAUAAUUGUCUUUUGACUAAUUAAAUUCUUACCUUUUUUUGAACUAUGGAAUCACCUAAAGAUAAUAAAUCCGGUGUUGAAGGAGGUGGUGAUGCCAAUUCUGAGUAUAUUAAACUUAAGGUUGUCGGUCAAGAUUCAAAUGAGAUUCAUUUUAGAGUUAAAAUGACCACAGCAAUGGGAAAAUUGAAAAAAUCUUACAGUGAACGAGUGGGUGUACCAGUUACCUCUUUGAGGUUCUUAUUUGAUGGUCGCCGUAUCAAUGAUACAGAUACUCCUAAGCAAUUGGAAAUGGAAAAUGACGAUGUUAUUGAGGUUUACCAAGAACAAUCUGGAGGCUUUGGAGGCAACAUAUUUUUUGGCUGCUAAAAGAAAAGAAUAGACAAAACAAAAGAUUCGUGAUUCCAUGUUCAAAGAAAAAAGCGUCACCUUCUCUUACCUCUCAAUCUCAAUCUUUAUCUAUUUUCUUCUCUUUUCUCUUUUUCUUCGCUUUUUCCUUUUUUCCUUUCCUUUUUCUUUCCUUUUCUUUUUCUUCUCUUUUUCUUCUCGUCGUUUUCCACUUUCAUUUUUUCAAAUCAAACAACCAAAUUACUGAGAUGGAAUCAUUUCGUCUCAUGUCUUCUUGCCUCUAUUUUCUUUUCUAUCAACUCUUCCAUCUUUAUCCCUUUCCACUCUCUCUCUCUCUCUCUCUAUCUCUCACACACACACACACAAACUCUUUCUCUCUCUCUAACUAGCUUUUUCCUUUUCGCCUUCUCUAGGCAUCAAACCACAGUAAUUAACAUUCAUCAUCAAUAAAUGAUUAUUGUAAUUGUUUAACAUCUCUCA